CAAACUACGCCUACGCCGGCAAAUUACAGUGCCACCGCAUCGAAAAUUACCAAUAAAUAGCAUCCCUUGGAAUAUCUCGCUAUAAAAAUAUAUAUACAUCAUGAUCGAGACACUAUAUAAUCUGCCCUUCCACAUCCUGGUGCCGCCAAACAUAAAAGUCCGAAAAUUCAGCAUUCCAAUGCCGUCGCCCAUGGCUGUCUUCAGUGUGAUAUUGUUUUCCUAUUUUCUGGUGACAGGAGGAAUAAUCUACGACGUGAUUGUGGAGCCGCCGAGUGUGGGAGCCACUGUGGAUGAGCAUGGACACUCUCGUCCGGUGGCCUUUAUGCCAUAUCGCGUGAACGGACAAUAUAUCAUGGAGGGUCUGGCCAGCAGCUUCCUGUUUACUGUCGGCGGACUGGGCUUCAUAAUAAUGGAUCAAACCCACUCCCCAGGAAAGACGAACCUCAAUCGCCUGCUGCUUACCGCCAUGGGAUUCAUUUUCAUCCUGGUCUCCUUCUUCACCACCUGGCUAUUCAUGCGCAUGAAGCUGCCCAGCUACCUGCAGCCCUAGAAUCUCUACUAAAAACGGACGGAUUAACACACUCUUAGUUUCCUCUUGUCUGUGUACAGUCGAAAAUCUCUAAAUCGAACUGCUGUCAUUCGAAAUUCUAGUUUCAAAGCUUAAAGCUACGAUCAAAAGCAUUCCUCAACAUGUAUUUUUAUACAAAUAUGAUAUAUGCACUGUAGUAACUUUCUUACAUAUAUAGAAUAUCAUCAAAUUAUGAGUCAGUUUUGGUUAUUUCUAUAUGAUUCCAUAAUGUCAAAUAAAUAAUAUAAUAAACAAUCGGAAACAAAGGGUCCUUAAAAUACUAA